CCUUUUUAAUUAAUUGUGCCGAAAAAAUGGAAAUUUUAUUGUGUUUUUUCAAGAUUUUAAUUUUUCUAGAAAUGGGAUAUGCAGUACGACAUGGAACUAAUCUUUUAUGGUCAAUGAGUCCUUUAGUAAACGGAAAAGCAAGAAUUGUUGGGAUCGAAGGCGAUCCCAACGAAUGGAUUCCGAGUGGCAAUGUAAGCGUCCGUCACAUCAGCGCUCCACACUCUGCCUGGCAGUUCAGGGGUCUAGCCUUCCACUACCGAUUCAAGACCCUCUACUGGAGCGAGCGAAGCAAGCAGAGAAUACAGGGAUUGAUGUUGGUCAACCGAUCCACGACGACAAAGACGAUAUUCACAGGAACCUCUGGAAGCAUUGAUGGUUUGGCGGUCGAUUGGUUGUCUAAUAACCUCUACUCUGUCGAUCCCAAAUACAACUGGAUCAAGAUGUUUGCAUUGAAGGAAAAUUCAACAGAGGACCCUGUUUAUAAAGUGGUGGUCAAAACGGAUCUUGCCAAUCCUCAUGGAAUAGCGGUUUAUCCACAGAAAGGUCAUUUGUUUUGGAGUGACUGGGGAUUUUUUCCGAAAAUAGAAAUGUCGGACCUUUUAGGAUUAAAUAGAAGAACCGUCGUAUCGGACAACAUGCUGGCUCCACGCGGUAUUGCUAUUGACUACAAGGAAAACGUUCUCUACUGGGUAGAUAGUCACAAAAACACCAUAGAGAGCGUGCAGUUUAAUGGAAACAGCAGACGAAUCAUAGUAUCUCAAGCAGGCGCCAAAUUCUUCGGAGUGGCUUUAUUUGAGAAAUACCUGUUUGUUUCGGAACAAUUGGAUGGACAUUUGCGGAUUUAUGACAAAAAUACAGGAAAAGGCUACAUAAAUUAUCAACUUGGCUAUAUCCCUUAUGACGUCACGAUGUACGACGAGACGUUACAACCAGGAAAUUCAUCUGCAUGCGACGAAUUGAAGUGUGACCAAAUUUGCGUAAAUAUGCCGUUGUCUGGACCAAGAUGUUACUGUGGUGACGGAUUUGAAAUUCAAGAGGAUCAGAAAACCUGUGUAGCUUCCAGGUUAUUCAUGCGACCUGCCCAUAUUUAUGCCAUUAAUGAUGCUAUCUGCCAGUACCCAGCUAAUUUUGGUCAUAUGUCUCUCAAGAACGUCACUUUAUCCAAACAAUGCUUCAUUAAGACCAGGAAAGGCUUCAUGGCGUUGGCAUAUGACGGGGACCAGCGGAUGCUUUUCUAUUCGGAAAAUGUCACAAAGAGUAUCAGUAAGGUACAACUCAAGAGAGGAGAAUAUACUACAACCAUUGUAAAGGGCAUCGGCGUAGUAAAAGGUCUUGCUUUUGACUGGAUGACGAAAAAUUUGUAUUGGACUGACAGCAAAUAUCAGUGGAUUAUGGUGGCCAGACCAGAUGGGCGAUUCCAGAAACAACUGAUAACUGAGAAUCUUGUUGACCCUCUUGGUAUUGCAGUCCAUCCACAACGAGGAGAACUGUACUGGAGUGACCCCGGCAGAAAAGUCAUAGAGGUGUCAGCAUUGAAUGGAGGUGGUAGACGACAAUUGCCUGUGGCAGACAUCAGCCACCCCAAUCAUUUAUUCCUGGAUUGCACAUCCGACACGUUAUACUGGGCAGAUUCCGGAUUAAAUCAAGUUGUCAGUUAUGAUCUUGCUUUAGGCAUGGCAUCUGUUGUUUUCAAAUACCAGUCAGCUAGUUUCUAUGGCAUCAGCAUAUUUCAAGAUUACCUCGUAUGGACAGACCAGUUCGACAUGAAUGGUAUUCACAUCGCAGAUAUGCAGACGAAAAACAAAGUCCGGGGAAUUCUGCAUCCGCAAACUGGAAUAGCUCUUGACGUCAUUGCUUAUGACGUCCUCAACCAACCCAUUCUAGAUGUGGCCUGUGGUGACAACAAUGGAUACUGUGACCAGCUGUGUCUUGGACUGUUUAACGACUCUUAUGUCUGCGCAUGCGGAACAGGAUUUCAACUAGACGAAGACCUGCGAUCUUGUAUAUCAGCGUCAGUUCGAGAAAACUUUGUAAUAGCUGCAGACUCCUACCAAAAACAACUUUACCAAAUGGAUCUAGCGACUGGUGAUGUUUACGUCAUUGCACCGGAAGUCAGUCACAGCAGACCAAUCGCAGUUGGCUUUGAUCCAGUGAGAGGACACUUGUACUGGACAGAUAAUGACAAUUCAAAGGGAAAGGCCAUUCAAAGAGUUAACAUUGAAGGGCGGUCUGCAGAAAUUGUUAAAGCCCUCUCAAAAGAUUCUGUUGUUGAUGGUCUGGCAGCGGACUAUACAAACCGUUUAUUGUUCUAUACGGACACAGGCCUAGAUCGUAUUCAAGUCAUUUCAAUGGACAACUACUUGAUAUGCAAGACAAUUAUACAGGAUAACCUUGACGAACCCAGGGCAAUAACCAUACAUCCACUUAAAGGGCUUCUUUUCUGGUCUGACUGGGGAAGUGAACCAAAAAUAGAAUUGGCCAAUAUGGACGGUAGCAAACGAAGGAUAUUUCUUAAUCUCAGCGGAGAAGCUUGGCCUAAUGGUCUUAUAAUAGACUAUCAAGAAAAUGUUUUGUACUGGGUUGACGCCAAAAAGAAUACGAUCGAAGCCAUGUCUAUCGAAGGACGCGACCGAAGACUGGUUGUGAAAGAGUCAGAUGCACACUACUUUGGAAUCGCUUUGAAUGGCAACAAUCUUAUCAUUUCUGACUGGAAAACAAAUUACCUGAAAACAAUACCUAAAACUACUUUGGAUGGAGGAUCAUCGAACAUGAAGCAACUAGGACCUGGAGCCUUCUCACGGUUGAACGGACUGGCUUCGUAUAAUUCAACAUAUUUAAUUAAAGGUGCAAAUGGGUGUACUAGCGUUUUCUCUUGUGACCACAUAUGUAUACCCCUUCCCAACCUAAAAUUUGUUUGCGCAUGCGCAGAUGGAUAUAAAGAAAUGGGAUAUAGAUGUAUACAAACUGAUGAAAAUGCUACUUCAAUAGAGUCUCAAGCAAAAUACCAUCCAGGUUCGAGGGCAUCUAGCCAGUAUAUAACUUAUCCCGACUCUGGCUUAUCAAAAGGAGGCAUCAUCGCCAUAGCUGUCGUAUGUGUGGUAGCCUUUAUUAUAAUAAUUAUAUCCGCCAUGUUUGUUUUUACUCGGUGGAGGUCAGGAAGGAUAAGACACGAACGGCUGAAGGACACUUCUGACAAUCAAGUUGACAAUUUCUACAGAAUCACCUUCCCCGACAAACAACAAGAGUCCGUUAGUUUUGAUUCGGGAUUUGACCAGUACGAUCAAGCACAGAGAUCAUGAGUGUUCAUUACUUAUUUUACCAUAGAAUUUUCAUUACUUAUUUUACCAUAGAAUUUUCAUCGAGUCGUUCUUCACUGAUCAAGUUCUUCCAGCAAAUAUAGAGUCACACUGUGAAAAUGUGAAUGUUGUAUCAAGGAAUUUUGAGGAAAGGAAAAUCAUUGGAAAUUUGCCGUUAUUCUGCAUUGUUCAAGUAAAAUGACUGUGCAUAUGGAUCUGGAAAAUUCUCAUAAUAAGAGACGGUGAAUAUCACAAUGUCCAAGAGAUCCUUUGGGAUAAAGUUUAUAAUAAAACCAAUUUUGUGUUCAUUAAGGCAUCCUUGAUAUUCAGUGGAUUUUGAGCUCGAAUGCUAUUCGUUAUCUCUACAUAUUUCAUUCAUUAAUCUUUUACAAUAUCACUAACCAUUCAGUAUCCUGAUGAUUUUUUAAAGGUGUGGUUAUUGCUUUUUUUUAUUGAUAUGUAUGAAAAUGAAUCGUAAUUACUCAUUAGAAGGAUUUUGUUUCUUAAUUUCAUAGGGGAAAAUUUUUUUUAUUUCGUUGAAAAAAAAUGAAACAAAAAAUAAGAUUAACAUGUAAAUUUCGUUUUCAAAACUUCUAAAGGCAUGUCACUCGUCAACUUUUGCGAAAAGUUUGGUCAAAACCUGUAUACUCGAAAUUAUCAUUUAUUUUUUAUUUUUUACCAUAUUUAAAUUAAAUCAUACCAGAUGUACAAUAUUAAAUUAAAAACCGCUCUCAAAACAGGCGAGAAAUAAGAGUUAUGAGGAAUAUUUCUUGCAGUGGAAGGAUAUUGAGAAGAAGUUAUCAAAAUGUGCAUGCAGGUUUAAUUUUUUUCGAUAUGUUGGAACUUCCGCCAUGCGUUUUCUUACUCGCAGAAUUUUUCAGGUUAUUAUAUGCUAGGUCUAUUCAAUAAAGUUUUCAAUUCUAGAAAGGAUUUUAUACAUUUCUUUUCUAAAAUCUUUGCUAAAUCUUGGUAAUACAUUGAAAAGGUAAAUAUAAUUAAACUUUCUUUUUUAGCCUAAAAUUUGCACAUUUUGACACAUAAUUCAAAAUUUACAUCACUGGUCU